AUGCCGGUCGCCGGAGGGAUGGUGAACGUUAUGCUGGAAGUUCUGGAGAAGAAGACGACGCCGGUGGACCUCUACCGCCCCCUCCGCGACUACAUCGCCUUGAACUACUCGGAGCGGGAGGCGCAGAAGCUGGAGGACGAUCUUCAGGCGGUUCGACGGAUGCGGUCCGAUCUCGAGAAGGCUUCGCCGUCGCAGGCGCUCCCCGAGGUCCGUCGUGACCUGCUCCAGUCCUAUUACCGCGCGCUGUGCGCGAUCGAGUCUCGCUUCCCCAUCUCUCCAGAUCGGGAACACGUGAACACGCUUUCCUUCACCUGGUGCGACGCGUUCAAGCCCAACAAGAGGGCGUCUCAGCAGAGCAUACACCUGGAGAAGGCCGCCGUGCUCUUCAAUCUCGGCGCAGUGCACAGCCAGAUGGCAUUAUCUGCGGACAGGACGGCGGCUGGGGGCCUGAAGCAGGCCUGCAACUCCUUCCAGGCUGCGGCGGGGGCCUUCGCAUUCCUCCGCGAUAAUCCCUCUCUUAAGGCAUCUCUGGGUUCGUCUGCGACAGUAGACUUGUCGGCAGAGUGUGCUGCGGCACUUGAGCGGCUUAUGCUCGCCCAAGCACAGGAGUGCUUCUUCGAGAAGGUCAUCGGUGACGCAAAGGCUCCUGGUCUGUGCUGCAAAGUAGCGCGUCAGGUCAGUUUUAGCGUUAUUCAUUGACUUCUUUAGGUUGUUUUGGGAUUCAAGGAGACACUUUCCUUUUUCUUGAUUCACUUGAGAUGAAUCUGCAGAAUAAAAAUGUUCCUAGUCUUGGUUCUAGGCCUUCGUGGGUCCAAUGUGAAUUUAAAAAACGGGCUGUUUUCUAGACAUUCCCCACGUUUCAACGAAGAACUGUUCAUUGUAAAAAUUCUUGAUUGCUUCACCAUGUUCCAAACCUGAUAUUAUAAGAUAAUGCGGCUGGAAGAUUCCUGGGAUUGCAUUUUAAUGCCCAAAAUCUCUUUUGUUGAACAUGCAUCUUAGUUUCUCGGCGUUUUGCUGUUUUUGGGCUCAGAUCUUAUCAGCCAGGGACGCUUUGAUCAGAAUUUUGAGCAUCAACUUGUUUGAAGAUUCUUGCAGGUCAGUCUCUAUUAUGAGGAAGCCUCUGCUGCCUUGAAUUCACCACCACUUAACCAGCACUUCGAUCGAAUGUGGAUCUCUCAUGCCCAAAUAAAAGCAGCACAUUUCUAUGCGGAAGCCUGCUAUAGAAUAUCAUUGGAUUUACAUGAGAGAGAAGAGAUUGCGGAGGAAAUUGCAAGGCUGAAGAGUGCAAUAGGUGCCCUUAACGACUCCAAGCAGUUUGCUAGAGGAGUAGCGGCACCUCUUCUUGAUGCAGUCAACGACUUGGAGGGCUGUCUAAAUCUCAACCUGGAGAGAGCACUGAAGGAAAAUGACCGUGUCUAUCUAAUGCGUGUUCCUCUAAUCAGCUCCCUGGCACCACUGCCCGCUGCUUCACUUGUAAAGCCUUUCCCCAUGGCCGAUAUCCUUGAUGCAAGCAAGGAGAGGUUAUUUGCUACACUUGUGCCUGAUAACAGUGCCAAAGCUCUCUCCAGGUACACUCAGAUGGUCGAUGAUAUUAUCCGAGUGCAAGCAGAGACAUUGCAGCAGGGGAGUGAAACCGCGAGCAUUAGGCUUAAGGAGAUGGAUUUGCCUCAUUCUAUCCUUGCGCUUGAUGGAAUUUUCAGUUUGCCAGCAGACAUUAAGGAAGAUGUAGAGGCUGUGCUAGUUGUCGGUGGACCAGCUGGUUUGGAUGCUGAAUUUCAGCAGCUCAGGGACUUGAGGAGGGUUAAUCAGGAGAUGCUGUUGCAGACUGAACAGAUACUGGUAAAAGAAGAAAGGGAGGACGCUGAGCUUAGGUCCCAAUUCGGGACACGGUGGACAAGGCCUCAAUCCAGCGCCCUGACGAAAAAUUUUCAGGAUAGAUUGAAUAAGUUUGCUGGAAACCUUAAGCAAGCUGCUGACAGUGAUGCGCGGAUUGAGCGUUCAAUAGAGGAUAGUUCGGCCCUCAUGGCGAUUCUCAACCACAGGCCUGUGAGUGUGUUAUUAUUUACAGCUUAUUUUCCCUCAAUACAUUUUACCAGUCUUGGCAUCAUAUUUAAGCCUACUAUUGAUAGUUUUGUAUGCACCAAUAUAGUUUUCAGAGCUAUUUUUUGGUGACCUUUAUCCUCUAUCAAACUCUUAUAUAUGCGAACCUAUGAGUAUUGUUUCAAGCCUUGCUGAAUGGUGUUAUCUAAAAACCAUGGCUUAAAACCUAGACUUUAAUACUUUACUUUGUAUCUUUAUCUACUUGUACUCAUUUUAUCUUCUUUUUUUCGUGAGAUUUUCGCUGGGUUUUUUACUCAAAAUGUAUGCAAAUGCCUCACACAUUAAAAUUCUUAGGAAAUCACUCUUCUCCUUUGUCACCUAGAUCUAUUAUUUUGGAUUACAGAUAGAAUCUGCCCUUCCAAGUCUUGGAAAACCUAUGAUGUCAUUGAACGAAAAUGAAGAUGCUGUAGUUGGAGCUCUUAAGCAGAGUUUGGUAAGUAUCCUUUUUUGCUGCUCCCUCACGUGCUUAUUUUAUCUGUCAUUUCCCUUCCCCCAUAUUUAUUCAUUUUUUAUUCAAUCCUUUUUGCUUGGUCGUCUUUUCGUUUGGAAGAUAUUGCUUGUUCGUUGACGUUGACGUUGACACAUUUAACUUCACCAAUAUGAAUCAUGCUUUCAUUCAACAUUUUCUUGAUAGUUUCCCAAAAGAAGAUCACAAAUCUCUUCAUGAAAUAUGCCACUUUUCCAUGGAUUGGGGUGAUGUAUGCGGAAAGCUUGUCUUGGCUAGAAAAUGCAACUUACUACUAUUUGCUAUCUGGAUCGUGUACAUGAUGAGUGAGCUGUUGCCACUGUAAUCUUUUCGACAGAAUAUUUCCUUCUUUUUAAUUUAGGGAAGCGAGAGGCGCUGUCAUUGGUUACGAGAGUAUUUUGCCACAUGCCACAUUUUUACUGAACGCAAGUUUUUUUCUGAGCUACUUUUCCCUUUGGAUCGAAUCCUUGAUGUCUGCUGAUAGUAUGCUUUUUCUAUCUUAGGCAAACGUCUCUUGUCAGUACAUAAGAAAUACUGAAUUUCCUAUAUUUUCUUAGUCUUUUUUUCUGGUACACAUGAAUUGUUAGCUUUACCGUUCCCACGCACCCUAAGUUCUGAAAGAAAGAGGAAAUUUAGGGGGAUGAUUGUAAUGACGUUUAUAAUGGAAUUAUGUCACUCUUUCCAUCUUAUUGCAAAUGGAGACUCUAAAAGCUAGAGCGUGAUAAAGAAAAUAACUUUAAAGAUACGCACGAUAGCUCGCUCAUAUUUUUAUGGUUCAAUAUUUUAUUAUAUUCGAAUUUCCUUAGUAUGGCUUUUCACUAUUGUUAAUUAUUUUUUUGUUUAAUUAGAGGCAUCUGGAGACUCUUGGUUCUCAGAGGGCAGGUCUCGAAGACAUGCUCAAGGAGAUCAGGAGAAAGGUACUUCUGUUUAAACCGAUGGUCGUAUCAUACCUCAUUCUUUUAAUCUGUUCAAUCCACAGAUUUGUAUAUUUUACAUCUUUUCCUGAAUUGCUUCCUUCCUUUCUCCAAAAAAUGAAGCAGAGAAAAUGAUAUCAACUGGAAACAUCUGUGAAAUUUUCCUGAGUUAUUUUUGUGCGUUGCCACUGUGAGAAAGGCGUCUAUUUUAUUUCUCUCUUUCCCCCCUCCCCUCUCUCUCUCUCUCUCUCUCUCUCGCUCUCACUCUCUCUCCCUCUCUCUCCCUCUCUCCCCCGCUCUCUCCCCCCGCUCUCUCCCCCCUCUCUCUCCCAUCUCUCUCUCCCCCCUCUCUCUCACGCAUUCUGCUCACAGAAAACCUGGUCUCCUUGAGCGGCACCCCCAACCCCCUCCCCUCCUCUUUCUUUUCCUCCCCCCCCCCACAAGUUCCCCACACUUACUUUCCCCUUACCCCCUAACCCCCCACUCCUCCCCAUCUCCUUCCGCUUUCCUCUCCCAAAAACGAACUUCACCCACAUUCCUUCCCCCUUCCUACAGCAGAUCAUAUGCUGAAAGUUAACUUUCUGAUGGGAGUACUUGUUCAAGUGUUGCAUAUCCACGACCACUUAAUGUGCAUGCAUAUUUUUUGUGGUUGAAUAUCUGCUUAAUGCCAUCUAACUGUCUAGAUUCCCUUCCUCUUUUAUGUCCCAUUUUCAUGAUGGAUUUCUUUGGGUUGAUAUCUUUCCUUGUAAUUUCAUACAUAUUUCAAAAUUUCCUCUCAGGAUGAUAUACUUCCAAAGUUGAUGUCAAUCACUGGAUCUUACGAGGAUCUUUUUAAGAAGGAGAUCGAAAAGUAUGAUCGUGUAUGUGAAGAAAUUGCCCAAAAUGUUGAAGCCCAAGAGCUUUUGUUGAUUCAGAUUCAGGUUACUCGCUCAGUUCUUCCUGUUGCCACGCGAACAGUUAUCUUUGCUGUUUAUAUUGUUCUCACUCUUCGAGGGGAUAAUAAUCCUAUGCCGUCUUUCUUUAUGACGUGUGGCGGUGAGAUGAAUUACAAACUCUGGGAGUUACUUUUUGAGUGUACCACUCCACUGAAGUCAUUGGCCUUAGAGAAAUCUAAAAAUAAUAAAUAUUAUAUUGUUAACCUUUAAUAAUGUAGCUAAAUGGCCAAGGGGCAUAAAUUUUGUUGUAGGCAGUUCUGAUGAAUUUUUCUUUGGCUUUACUCUAAAGAUUUGGAAAACAGGGAGCGUAGCUGCUUAUGUUCCCGCAGAGCAGUCCAACUGCAAGGACGUCUUGAACUGAAAUAUUCCCCCAGCCGCCCAAGAAUUUCAGAUCUGUUGUUACCAAGUCAUGCUUCCUUUGAUUGUUUUAUUCUAACUUUCCUUGGAUUCUGACUACUCCCUAAGAUUGCUUACGAUGUUUUUUCCACAACUUCGAUCUAGUAAAAACUCCUUCACAUUGGAGUUUAUAGCAAAGUACCUCUUUAUUUCUGGUGUGGGCAGAAUUAUUCUCCUUCUGAUGAUACAUCUUAGCCAAAACUCAUUUUCUUUCUUUUUUGCUGAUAUGUCUGACAUUUGGCUGUGGAAGGUGAGGAUCGGGUUCCUCUAACUAUGGGGAAUUUCCUUUUUAAGGAGGUUUUUAGAUCCUUGACAAGCUUGUCAUUUCCAUUUAAAGUUUACAAAUUAAAUUAUAGAACUUUAAAAUGUGCCAGUUUAUGCAUGUUUUUUUCCUCGAAAUCUAUUCAUUUUUUUGUCAAUCUUGUGCCUCCUGCGUUAAACUGAUAAAUGAGAUUCAAAAAGGAUGCUUGCACGUUUGAAUUGACAUAAACUGCUGGAAAUAGCUUAGAUUAUUUUAUGUACUUUGAAUCCACUUCAUUCUCCUUUUUUUGGCACAGAGGGGUUUCCUUUCAGGAUUGUUCCUGACUUCACAUAAUACAGAGAUUGCUGCAUUGAUUACUGAGAUAUCUGGUUUACUUGAUUGCAGGAACAAAACGAUGGAUUUGAAAAAGUCUUUAAUCUUGAAGACUACAAAGGUGUGUGAUAUUAUCUCAUGUAAUCUGUCACCCAUUAGAAAUGAGCUCCUCGAGCUUUGUUUAUUGCUUGAUCUUCAUAUUUCUGCACUCUUGUUUUAUCACAAAUGCUCCCUUCGAAUCCGUCAAUACUACUUAAUCCAAUCGAGACAUGGAAAUUGACGAAAGCCUUGUUAUGUCAACAUCUAAACUAGUUUCUAACCACGGAAAUACUUCUACGUCCUGAAUAAUUAUUUUGUUGAUCUAAGGUUUACAAUGAGGCUCGUAGUUACCAAGGUUGGGCCUACCACCGUUGUAUUUUUUAUCUGUGUAUCACGAAACUGACUAAAUUCUUACUUAAUUAUCAAGUAUUCUUACAACAUAUGUUAGUUUUCAUAAGUUCGAAGGGCAUGCCACCAUGCAAGUAAAUACAAGACGCUGGAAACAUGUGAAUGAACUCAUAAAAAAAAUAUCCUUUGCCAUUCAUUAAAGUCAAUUUAGAAAUUUUGAAACAACUUGAUCUGAUAGGUUCAAGAAGAGAAAAAUUACCUGGAAUUUCUUACACACUCUGCAAUUUUCUCCUUCAAAAUAAGGGAUUAAAAUUAUGUGCAAUCUCCACGGCUCCCCUUUUUUCAAUGCAAACUCAACCAAUAGACUGCCAUGCCCUACUUCAUCUAUUCCCGAAAAUCUCUGGCAAAAAACUUGUAGAGAUCAAUUGGUUCCCAUUGACUUAUCUACUCAUCUCUGAUACAUCCCCAUUGUGUUCUUCAUUAAUCUUGAAAGACUACUGAAUCACCCACACACUAGAAAGUCAUCCCUUUUCCAUUACUAUUAUUACUAAAUGUCAAAACCCGGCCACUGAAUCAUAACCUUUUUUUUUUUUCUUUUAAUGGCAUACAUCUGUACACGCAUCUGACUAUCUGGGAAUUUGUUCCCAGCUUCUUGCGACAGGUGCUACGAGCAAAUAGCCACCGCCGUGGCAAAGUUCCGAGAAAUCAAGGGGAACAUCAACGAAGGUCUGAAGUUCUACGUCACUCUUCAGGUACCUGGCUUAUCCAACGGAGGGUCCAAAUCGGUCUCCGCUGCAUGUUUCAGGAACAGUGUCUUCAGUUCUUCUCUCUUCCUGCUUCCCAGCCUCCACCCAGAUCGGCGUUCCCUUCAUCUUUCUUCUUUUAAUUCUCCCCUUGCAUUGAUUUUCUUCUCCUCACGGCCUCUGAACAGGAUGCAAUAGCGAAUGUGAAGCAGCAGUGCAGCGACUUUGCAAUGACCAGGAACAUCCAAUGCAGGGAAAUGAUCGAUGAUGUGAAGGGUCAAAUGGCCGGCCUCAGAUUCUCCUCCAGCAGGGCCCCCCAACCAGCCAAUCCCCAAAACCCUCCACACCCGCCACCACCCGAACAGGAGAAGCCCAGAUUUUCUCACUCAUACCCUCUGUACCCCACAUCUGAGCUGCCUCCCUACAAUUCUCCUGCGGCCAUGGAUACCCAUUACCAGCACCCUCAACAGCGCUACAGUGAAUCCACUCAGCAAGCUGGAUCUCAUCCUCUGCCUUCCUACACCCUCCCUGGAGGCCGCCCCUAUCGCCAGGGCAGCAGCCACUCCAAUAAGCCAGGUCAGUAG